GCUUUACUUUUUUCUCAUAAUUAACCCUCUAGAGUCUAAGAACCAACCUUCACUACAUGAUCACCCAUUUAAGAUGACAUUCCCCAGCACCGAUCAAAUGUCCAGAGAUGCCACCCAGUACAGACACCCUCCCCGAAACGAGGGACGCUCGCAGAGAAACGACAGGCCUCCACGUUUCCAGAAGGACGGAGACUUUCCUAAACCCAGCGUGGCCUCAUCCCAGCCACAGAAAUGGAGGGACAGGGAAGAGCGAACGGGAAGAGGAGGAUCAGAGCGAUGGAAGAAUGAGUCUCAAGAUGCUAGACAAACAUACACCUCAAUGGGGAAGUCUAGGGAACAGCAAGGUAGCUCUGGAAAGGAAUAUAGCGCGUCAAAAAGCUUCCAGCAGGAACCACAUAACGGCGGAUUGAAAGAGCAGGAUGGGACAGGAUCUGCAUCGUUUAGGAAAAACCAAUCAAAUGGAUCCGUGGCACCCAAGUCCUCAAAUCCUGCUGGCCUGGAUCAGAAGGACAACAGAAGGAAAGGCAAGCCGGAAAGACCCAAUUCAGGCUACGUUGAGCGUUCCCAGGAUGCAACGAAAAAAGACUUUUCGCAAGACCCUGGAUUGGGUCAGUGCAUCAAAGUGGGCGGGGUUUCAAAUGCGCAGCUCCCUAAUGGUGAUCUAGAUCACCGACGCACCGGUCCAAUCAAGUCGCAGUCUUCAGCUCCGCCCCAAAAACAAACCAAUAUGCAUAAUUCCGCCCCCAAGAAACGAUCCGGACCAAUCAAAGGUCAGAGAGAGAUGACGGACACAAAUAAUCAUGUAGACUGGAGAGCUGGUGACCAGUGUCUAGCGCUCUACUGGGAAGACAAUAAGUUUUAUCGGGCGAGAAUCGACGCCAUCCACCCGUCUGGAUCCACGGCUGUGGUUGUGUUCAGCGACUACGGAAACUGUGAAGAAGUUCUGCUUCACAAUAUCAAACCUCUGCACAUGGAUGUGUGGGAUGAUGAAGACGUUUACUAUGAGAAUUCACUUGAAUUUCGAAGAGGAGGAGAUGGACAGCCUCGCCGCUCUCGACCGACACAACAAUAUUACCAACCGCCUCGUGCAAGAGACUGACUCGCGCUCACACACAGUCACACAUCCACACCCUUCAUUAGCAAGGGAGCUCAACUGAUUUGGUAAACCAACACACUUAGGUCAGGACUAGAUCAGGUUUACAGCUCUUACUCUUCUGCUAAUAGACCUGUCUAGUGUAGUAGUUUCUGUAGAUCAAUAUGAAUGCAACAUGAUGUUCUCUGCCCAUGCAAGUAUUAUCAUCUCAUUAUCCAGUAGUAAAUGACUCUAAUUGGAGAAGAUUACGUGCAGUUUGUUUGUACCUUUUCAGAAGCAUCACUAUAAACAGCUAAAUAUAUAGGACGUGCUAAUUGAGUGAAUAUCAGAAUAUUUUGGCUCCAAAAAAAGAAUAAGAAAUUUGCAUUGUGACAUCCUUAGGACUUAGCUAAUAAUUAAAGAUUGGAAUUAAUAAUUAAUGCAUUAUUAAUAAUUAUUGUUAUAUAUUUUUAUGACCGUGAUAUUUUCUUAAUUUUUAUUUAAACACAAUUUCAGUAUUUUUCUAAUGCAAUACAGUAAAAACCUUACAGUAGAUUAAAUGUGCAUAAUCAUGAAAAUGUCACAAUGCAAAGUAUCUGAAUGAUCCUUAAAUAGGUUUCCUUCUCUUUAUGCAAUCUUUAUUUUUAUUUUUGGGGUUGAAAUAUGACCUGGACAUGAGAUGUUGUGAGAUUCACUAAAUAAGCAUUCGUAAAAGUCGCAUGACAAUGCUUCAGUUCGAUGCCUGAGUGAAUCUGUGCGAGGUACUCGCUGCGCUCCAUAUGCACGGUCUCAUGCGACUUAAAAGGAGACAACAAAACACUAUCUGAUACAUUUGUGUUUGAUCUCAAAGAUGGUUUUUUUUUUUUUUUUUUAAUUCAAAGACUGUUGAUUUGAUCUCUAGAGGAGGAGAUGAAAGAACAUAUCUCAAAAAUAUCUGAUCCCUGUCUUGGCAUGGGAGACGGAUUCGUAAGGGCUUGCAGCACACGUUGCAUUGAUGAAUUCUGGACUCUGUGAAACUUGCCAUGCAAAAGGCUGCUGUACACGGUGACUAUUUGUAAAGGACUUGAUAUUAAUAAUUAUAAAAGCUCUAUGCUCUUUUGUUCAAAA